CCGAAGAGAACCGAGUGAUUCCGCAAAUGUACGAGCUGCGACCCGAGCGAGCAGCCAUAAUUGGGAUUAUUCAGGAAUAAUUCGCUCAAUCCAGCUGCCUUUUUUUGCCCUUUUCUUCUUCUUUAUUAAUCAUUCCUCCUCCCGGUCUUCGUCAUUUCGACAUCGUUGACGAUGUGAAUCUUUAUCCGUUUGCCUGUUUUUUUUUUUCAUUUUCCCUCGGACGGGGCGCCUUUUUUCUUUUUUUUUGUCAUAUAUUUUCCGGGAAACUCAAGCUUCGCCGGGGGAGCAAAACAAAGGCUGUAUUUCAAGUGUCUGCGUGGAAAUUCAUCGGCCUUCCCCCACCCCCCGCACGGAGAAAGAUGGAGAAAUGGAAGACUUGUCUGUGCGGACAAAAUCCACGUCAAGCGCGUUCAUUUAGGGGCCGCACGGUCGUCUCUGCCGUCUGUGGGUGGGUUUUUAUAAGCAUUGAAAAUCUGACAUCAUUUGGAUAAAUGCACGGAAGACGAUAUAGUUUCCGUUUGUCCUCCGGAGAUCCACCCGCGACGUGAUGCAGCAGAGACUGUUUACACUCAGUGGAUAUAGUUCUCUUUUCCCGUUAGCCGCCUCUUAAAUGUGGCUCAAGCUUCAUCUCGGAUUGUGUGAUCAGCUGUUGGCGGUACUGUUGUUGAUCGCCUGUUCCCAGCUUUUUCCCCCCUGCGUGGAUUUAUGCAUAACAGGUGUUGUUGAACACGACACGAGGAUUUAUUAUGUGCUCUUCUUCUCUCCCUGCGAGCAACGGUGAGACAAAAGCGACUCAUAUUUUUAAUGCUGUUUUUUUUUUUUUUUUUGGCACAAAUGAGAGGAUGCAAGGUGGCGAGCUGCUGGACAAAGAGGAAAGAUGAGUCUGACGUGUAGAAAAGACCUCCUCUUGUAGAAGCGAGCCAAGGCGAGCAGACGACGGCUGUAAGAGGAUCAGUGGAGCUUAUAGAGCAGGCACACCCGUGUGGCGGCUGAUAGAAUGGCCAACCAGAGCUUCGCCAUUGACGGCCCGGGCAGUUUGCUGGCCGUGUUGGCCUCACAGAGCGGCCUGGCCAGAGGAGGCAGCAGCAGCGACAGCGGCGCCGGCGGAGGAAUUUCGGCCACAGACGUUUCGGCGUACUUCAAGUUAGUCUUCUUGGGGCUGAUCAUCUGUGUCAGCCUGGUGGGCAACCUCCUGGUCUCCAUGCUGGUCCUACGAGAUCGGACACUCCACAAGGCCCCAUACUUCUUCCUGCUGGAUCUGUGUCUGGCCGACGCGGUCCGCUCAGCUGCCUGCUUCCCCUUCGUGCUGGUGUCGGUGCACAACAGCUCGGCGUGGACCUACAGCGCCCUCAGCUGCAAAGUGGUGGCGUUCAUGGCCGUGCUCUUCUGCUUUCAUGCUGCCUUCAUGCUCUUCUGCGUGGCCGUCACGCGCUACCUUGCCAUCGCCCAUCACAGGUUCUAUGCCAAGCGCAUGACCAUCUGGACCUGCGCCGCCAUCAUUUGCAUGGUGUGGACUUUGGCGGUCGCCAUGGCGUUCCCGCCCGUCUUUGACGUGGGCACGUACAAGUUCAUCCGGGAUGAGGAUCAGUGCAUUUUUGAACAUCGCUACCUGAAGACCAACGACACCCUGGGUUUCAUGCUCAUGCUGGCCGUAGUGGUUCUGGCCACACACGGCUUCUAUGCCAAGCUUCUGCUCUUCGAGUACAGGCACCGCAAGAUGAAACCGGUCCAGCUGGUACCGGCUAUCAGCCAAAACUGGACCUUCCACGGUCCCGGCGCGACGGGCCAAGCCGCGGCUAACUGGAUCGCCGGAUUCGGUCGAGGUCCGAUGCCGCCCACUCUGCUGGGAAUCCGGCAGAACCUACACAAUCAACACCGGCGGUUGCUGGGGAUGGAUGAGGUGAGGUCCGAGAGGAGGCUGGGUCGCAUGUUCUACACCAUCACCCUGCUCUUCCUGGUCCUGUGGGCUCCUUACAUCGUGGCGUGCUUCUGGAGGGUGUUUGUCAAGUCGUGCAGCAUCCCUCACAAGUACCUCUCCAUCACCGUGUGGAUGAGCUUCGCUCAGGCCGGAGUCAACCCCAUCUUCUGCCUCCUGCUCAACGAGGAUCUGAGGAAAGUGCUGCGAGCCCACCUGCCCACCUACUGGAGGACUAAACAACACCUGCCCCAGGACGAGGCCUACUGCAUCAUGUGAGGGAGGUCGCACGGAGAAUGUCUUUUAGAUACAAAAAAAAGGAUAUGACCCCAACUUUUUUUGCCAAUGGCACGGUGCCAUUUUAAAAAGAAUGUCGAUAUUUGUCUGUUAGAAGUUUGGACGCGGCAACAGAAAACUGAACUAUGGAGUGGUUCGUGUUUCUGAUGAUGGAUGAAUAGGUGAGCUCACCCCUGGAAGUGAAACGGAUGCCAUUUUUAAUAUCAUGUUGCCUUAAUAUAGAGGGACACAGUUCAGUGUCUGUGCCACUUGAGGCACAAAACUGAGCAUUAGAACGUUUUGAUCACAGACCUGAAACACAUCAUGAGGAACUCUAAGAGUCUGAAAGGAUGGAGCAACCGCCUCGGACUCCUUUUGGUGUCAUUAAAAGGAGUCUUUGGAUUUCUUUGGAUACAUUUAAAUAGCAGUGAUGAACCCACCAGAACCCUAACAUGCUUUUGGACUUCAUUUGGGGUGCGUUAGAUUUCUUUGUAUCGUAAACAAACAAAAAAUUGCCUGUUUUUCCUUAAUUUGUAAACAAUACAUGGUAAGCAGAUGACACUAUUUUGAAAUAUGACUUGGUUUCAUAUUGUACGGACUGUACAGGAAGGUAUAUUCCUGCUUGUGUGUUUUUAUAUUGCAUUUGUGAGUAAACGUGCGCGAGGGGGAAGCAUGCACUGAUGUACCGAUGCCGACCAUGUUGGUGCAGCUGUGAUGUCAUCAUAAUUAGACGUUGACCAUGGUUGUAUGGGAACAACGCCGACGAGGUCAUAGCAGUCUAGGGAGCGAGAGGGGGAUGACCAAAAAAGACUAAAGAUGACGUGAACAAGUCAACAUGAUAUGUGCUCUGGUAUUGUAAUACAAGCCAUUAAAUGGAAAUGGGGGAGUUUUAAAGUAUGAAAGACAAUGCCUAAUAUAAGCGAUUAGAUUAGAAGCAGACCACCUGAAGUAGUUACAUACAUUGUACAAAAAAUAUGCAAAUAGGCGUUUAUUUGCAGAUCAAUGAUGAUGGAGAAUGUUUUUAAAGUAUCGACAAGUGAUUCUAAAUGCGGGUGAAUAUUAAUGUUACCAGCCAUUCCAACGUCAACCAUUUGAGUGUCUGGAUAGAUCACACUUCUCAAGUUGUUCUUCUUCCCCCAAACUGUCUCCAGCAGCCGUAUUGAGUGGUCUCUCCAAAUUCAGAUUUGCGCAACUGCAGUAUAUUAGGCAUAGAUAUAAAGGUAUGCAGUCAAUCUCGAAUGUGGACACUUGCACUAGAUUAGCAUGUAUUCCACCGAAUUUCAGAUUGGAAACAGGGCCGAGGGGAGGGGGACUUGUACAGAUGUUGAUAUGGAAGUCCAAGUGAAAAGUGAACUGAGCUCUGUGAUUUUUACGUCUGGCAUUGCUUUGCGAGAUGAUAUUCUGUAACUGUACAGUUCCGCUGAGGUGGCUCUUUUGCCCACUCAUCAAUAAAGACUCUACUUUUGAUGCAUUCCGAGUUAUGUGGUGCCUGGGAGGCGAGACGGCUGUGCUACUGCAGGGGAGAUUCCAGAGCAGGGGUCACCAACCUUUUUGAAACCAAGAGCUACUUCUUGGGUACUGAUUAAUGCAAAGGGCUACCAGUUUGACACACACUUAAAUAAAUUGCCAGAAAUAGCCAAUUUGCUCAAUUUACCUUUGAUAAAUAAAUCAAAAAAAUAAAAGGGUAUUUCUGUCUGUCAUUCCGUCGUACAUUUUUUUUCCUUUUACGGCAGGUUUUUUUUGUAGAGAAUAAAUGAUGAAAAAACACUUAAUCGAACAGUUUAAAAGAGGAGAAAACUUGAAAAAAACGAAAAUUGAAUUUUGAAACAUAGUUUAUCUUUAUCUUUAAAAUUCAAAAUUCAACCGAAAAAAAUGAGGAGAAAAACUAGCUAAUUCGAAUCUUUUUGAAAAAAUUUAAAAAAGAAUUUAUGGAACAUCAUUAGUAAUUUUUCCUGAUUAAGAUUAAUUUUCGAAUUUUUAUGACAUGUUUUAAAUAGGUUAAAAUCCAAUCCGUACAUUGUUAUAAUAUAUAAAAAAUUGGACCAAGCUAUAUUUCUAACAAAGACGAAUCACUAUUUCUUCUACAUUUUCAAGAACAAAAAUUUUAAAAGAAAUUCAAAAUACUUUGAAAUAAGAUUUUCAUUUGAUUCUACAGAUUUUCUAGAUUUGCCAGAAUAUUUUUUUUGAAUUUUAAUCAUAAGUUUAAAGAAAUAUUUCACAAAUAUUCUUCGUCGAAAAAACAGAAGCUAAAAUGAAGAAUUAAAUAAAAAUGUAUUUAUUAUUCUUUACAAUAAAAAAAAUAAAAAUACUUGAACAUUGAUUUAAAUUGUCAGGAAAGAAGAAGGAAUUUAAAAGGUAAAAAGGUAUAUGUGUUUAAAAAUCCUAAAAUCAUUUUUAAGGUUGUAUUUUUUUCUCUAAAAUUGUCUUUCUGAAAGUUAUUAGAAGCAAAGUAAAACAAAUAAAUGAAUUUAUUUAAAGUAAAGACCAUGUCUUUAAAAUAUUUUCUUGGAUUUUCAAAUUCUAUUUGAGUUUUGUCUCUCUUAGAAUUAAAAAUGUCGAGCAAAACGAGACCAGCGUGCUAGGAAAUAAAUAAAAUAAAAAAAAUAGAGGCAGCAAACUGUUGAGUGCUGCUAUUUGAACUAUUUUUAGAACAGUCCAGCGGGCUACUCAUCUGGUCCUUACGGGCUACAUGGUGCCCGCGGGCACCGCGUUGGUGACCCCUGUUCCAGAAUAUGAGGUGCAUUUGUAACAAAUGAUUAUUUUAUUAGUCCACCAGUCAGCAAGUUGUUUUUUUGUCGAUUGGUGGUCUAGUCAAACAAUGAAUUGCUUAUGAUCUGCGGUACAUAUUUGAGUUUGACAUUGAGUCCCCAACUUGAUUUUAACUCAUUUUGAAAACCUAUUACCAGGGCAGAAUACGUUCUGCAUGGGCCCCGCGCUACAUGGGGGGGCCCUCUUUGCCUGAACAAGCACAUACAAAAUAUAAUGUGUGUACAUUAUAGGUGUGAUGUCAAUUGAUGAAAGACGUACAAUUUUUACAACAGACGUUUGGAUUAGUCUCCUUAAAUAAAUACUUGAAAAAUUGAUUUUUAUUUCUUAGUUGUACUGCAAAACAUGCAUAAAAUGUAUUUUAAAACU